ACAUUUCGAUCAUUUUCUUAGUUUGCGACUUAUUUUGCCGUUGUCCGAAAAACAUAUGAUAAGCCACAAAAACUAUUUUUUAUCACUGUUUUUCAAUAAAUCUUUGUUAAGUACUUUAUUAUAUACUUAUAUGUGAAGACGAAAUUGAACAAUGUGUAGAUUCUAGAAUGCAAGCUUUUGUGUGUGCUAAAAUGAGCAGACCUUUUGCUACUGCUCCCUUGGUGGUUCCGGUCGCCCACUCUCUUCUUCCUCGUCAUCUCCGCCUCUCAAAUCUGCUGCUUCCAUCUCUCACUGCAACAACCGACACUACUAUAUUUCGCCGACGUUUCUUCUCGCCGUACAAUUUCCGAUCGGUUCCCGGUCCGGUGAUGGCCGGUUUAGGUGGUUUUGAUGUUAUUGGUGAUGGUGGUUCAAUGGUUCAGGAUGCUGGUGCGACGGCUUUGGUUAUCGCCGGCGCUUAUGCUUUUGUCUCCACUUUUGAUCUCUUAUCCGAGCGGAAGCUAAUUGAACAGAACUUGAGCAGAAAGCUGGUCCACAUAUUGUCUGGUCUGCUUUUUAUGGCUUCCUGGCCGAUUUUCAGCGUAUCAGGAUGGGCUCGCUACUUUGCUGCUGUAGUUCCACUUACAAACUGCUUGAGACUUGUGAUUCAUGGCCUAUCUUUGGCUACUGAUGAGGGGCUUAUUAAAUCUGUUACUAGGGAAGGAAAGCCAGAAGAAUUGCUCAGAGGGCCUCUAUAUUAUGUUUUAGUGUUAAUUUUGAGUGCGGUUCUCUUUUGGCGUGAGUCACCAGUUGGAGUAAUUUCAUUAGCAAUGAUGUGUGGUGGUGAUGGAAUCGCUGAUAUUGUUGGAAGAAGGUUUGGGUCCACAAAAUUACCUUAUAAUAAACAGAAAAGCUUGGUUGGUAGCCUCUCCAUGUUUGUUGUCGGUUUCCUGGUAUCCAUUGGGAUGCUGUAUUACUUCUCAGCGUUGGGAUAUUUUCAGUUGGAUUGGGUUUCAACUGUAGAAAGAGUAGCUUUGGUGUCAUUUGUAGCAACUAUGGUGGAGUCUCUCCCUAUUACUGGAAUGGUAGACGAUAACAUUUCUGUUCCUUUGCUUACGAAGACAGAUUGCAAUUUGCCAAACCACCAACUGCAGCAUGAAUUUGGAAAAUCUCGAUAGGAGUAACAGGAGUGAGAUUUCUGACUUUCGCAGUCAUCCAAUAUUCUAAGCAUCUUCAUUGGAGUCAUAUACUAAUAAUAUUCCAGCAGCCAAAGACGAACCCGAAUGGAUAUCAAUGUCAAAACAAUGAGUUUGACGAAAUUGACUGAUGUAAUGGAGCCAUAAUGAUCGGUAUACUCUUCCACAACAUCCAUGGGAGUAGCAAGAGUGAGUUUAUGAAUCCAAAGCAUGAGAGUGAAGAACAAUUUCAAUAGGGGUCUAAAGGUAUCCCUUUGAUGCCCCUUUCCUUGUUCAAAUUGCCCCUCUUUUCCGGUGGCACAAUCACAUGUUCUUCUCCUUCUACUUGUGCUAGUUCUUCUUGAGCUCGUUUGGUCUAAGAAUGGAUGCGGCUUCCCACUUGUCUUGUUGCACAUUCUCACAUCCUUGUUGACUUCUUUCUUGCUUAGCCUUGUCGAAUUGUAAGGCAAUACAUUCCACACUAGGUUUUUCAGUUUUUUUCUGGUUCUAGAUGUUUUAGAAACACUUCAGACAACAUCAAAUUUGAUUCUAUUGUAAUGGGAUGAUACUUAGAAAGGUCUCUAAUUCCAUGGGUUCUAUUGUAACAAGAUGAUACAUAAGAUCCUUCGAAAGGUCCAUCUC